AUGGCUGCGACUUCUACAGACUCGUUCGAGUGGAGGCAGAAUGAGAAAGGUGCCUCCAGCGAUGAUGCAGAGCCCAAGUACGAGUAUCCUUCGGGGCUGGCGGUCACCCUGAUUCUCACAUCAGUGACCCUGGCCUAUUUCCUGUUCUUCCUCGACCUUGCCGUCCUUUCCACCGCCACUCCGGCCAUCACCUCCGAGUUCGACUCGUUGGUGGACGUCGGCUGGUAUGGCGGCGCCUACCAGCUUGGAAGUGCAGCGUUCCAACCUUUAACCGGCAAGAUUUACACCCAGUUUUCCACCAAGUGGACCUUUCUUGUCUUCUUUGUUCUCUUUGAGAUUGGCUCCGCCCUAUGCGGAGCAGCCCAGUCGUCGCCCAUGUUCAUCGUCGGCCGCGCCAUCGCAGGCGUCGGGUCAGCUGGAGUAGCCAACGGCGCGGUGACAACCAUUUCCGCCGUCCUCCCAACAAAGAAACAGGCGCUUUUUAUGGGGCUCAACAUGGGCAUGGGCCAGCUGGGCCUCGCGACGGGCCCCAUCAUCGGAGGGGCGUUUACCACCAACGUGUCAUGGCGGUGGUGCUUUUACAUCAACCUCCCUUUGGGCGUUAUCGUCGGGGGAUUUCUUCUCUUCAACACGAUCCCCGAAACAGAACCCAAGAGUCCGCCCCUAGAGAUCCUCGGCACCGCCAUCAAGUCGCUGGAUCUCCCCGGAUUCAUGCUCGUCUGCCCCGCCGUGGUGAUGUUCCUCUUGGGGCUGCAGUUUGGCGGCAACCAACACCCUUGGAACAGUUCCGUAGUAAUUGGCUUGCUGGUGGGCGGUGCCGUCACCUUUGGCGUCUUUCUAGUCUGGGAGCAUCGUCGGGGAGACGAGGCCAUGGUCCCGUUUGCGAUGCUCAGACACCGAGUUAUCUGGUCCACCGCAAUGACCAUGUUCUUCAGCCUGUCCAGUGUCCUGGUGGCUGAUUUCUACAUUGCCAUCUAUUUCCAGGCGAUCCGCGAUGACUCGCCCUUGAUGAGCGGGGUGCACAUGCUCCCAAUCACUCUCGGGUUGGUCCUGUUCACCAUGGUCUCGGGCGCCCUAAUUUCCAUGUUGGGUUACUAUCUUCCCUUUCUUCUUGCCGGGGGCGCCAUCUCCGCGGUGGGCUACGGCCUCUUGUCGACCCUCAGUCCGACGACCUCGGUUGCCAGAUGGAUCGGGUACCAGAUCCUCUACGGUGUAGCAAGUGGUUGCACAACGGCGGCCCCCUAUAUCGCGAUCCAAAACCUUGUGUCUCCCAAGCAGAUCCCACAAGCCAUGGCCAUUAUCAUUUUUUGGCAAAACAUCGGCGCUGCCGUCUCUCUGAUCGCGGCGAACGCCAUUUUCAGCAACAGCCUGCGGCACCAGCUUCAGCAGCACGCGGCACAGAUUGGCCGCAGUCCAGAAGCCAUCGUCGCUGCUGGAGUCCGCUCCAUCCGGGACCUGGUCGCUGGCUCCCAGCUAGCUGCGGUGCUGGCGGCCUAUGCAAAAAGUAUCAACCACGUCAUGUACCUCGGUAUCGCGGUCAGUCUCGCUGUCUUGGUCUUUUCUCCGGGUCUUGGAUGGAAGGACAUUCGCAAGGUCAAGGAUCUUCAGGUCAUUACCAAUGAGUCUCCUGAUAGCGGUGAUCAAGAGUUAGCUGGUACAAGUAGAGUAGUGCCAACAAUGUAG